UUGGCACCGAGAUGUCCCCUAUGUGAAGCCAUGGAUCAACCUCAUUGUUGCACAGAUUCUGUGUUCAAGAUGUAGGUCAAGUUGCCUUCAAGAUGACAAGAUGAUUAUUUAUCUGUACUAAAGCAGUAUCAAUCAUGCUGCCUAGAGCGUUGAGAAGCGCGAAAUCUAUCUUCAGCGCUGUGAGGCCACCAGCCGGUGUCCAUGAUGUUCUGUCGCUUCCUGGCAUCCAACACGUGCCCAUGGAAGCAGUGCAACGGCAAGCCCUGCCGUGCCUGCUGCCUCGAAUGAUGUCCACUAGCAUCAGCGAUGAGCAUCAGCCCAGCAAGAAGUCGCUGUACGUGCUCAACGUGGAGGGCAAGCGCACGCUGGGUCCACUCCUCAUUGGGCUCAUGGACUAUUUUGAGCGCUGGCUUCCAAACGUCGGCUUCUUCCAGCCAAUAGGAGGCGAGCCCUUCCCAGACUCGGACUCUGAUGAGCCACGGCAUGUGGAGCUGAUAAGAAAGGCAUUUGACCUGAAGGACGAUCCGCGCAGCAUGUAUGCAGUGCACCGCCGCGAGGCCAUCAGUCUGCUGGCGCAUGACAAGGCAGAUGAGCUGCUGGAUAAGAUAUACAGCUCCUUCGAGGAGUACCAGUCCAGACAUGACCUGGUGGUCAUUGAGGGCACCCAUGAAGACGGCCGGCUGAAUGUGCCGGGAAACCGGCUGGAACUGAAUGGGCGCAUAGCUGCCACGCUGGCGGCCCCGGUGCUGAUGGUACUGGACGCUGGCGAUGACAUCAGCGUGGAUGACCUCAUCGACAAGGCUCUGCUGUCCAAGAAUGGGCUGGAAGAGCAGCGCUGCGAAGUGCUGGGCCUCAUCGUCAACAAGGCACCGCAGAAAGAGCACCCCAUUCUCAAGGCGCAGCUGAGCAAGAAGCUGGCGGAGCACAGCCUACCGUUAGUGGGCGUGGUGCCGCACGACCCGCUCAUCUCAUCUGUGCGCCUGGAUGAGAUCCAAGCUGCCCUCAGCGCAAAGGUCAUUGCCGGCCGCAAGGGGCCGCAUGAUCUCACUGUUGACAAGGUGUAUGUGGCGACGGCGGAUCUGGACACCACGCUGCGGCGGCUGACCGACCACACCAGCUCGCGGCCACUCAUCGUCACUGACAUAGGCCGCAGCGACCUCAUCCUGGGCCUCACCAGCGCCAACGAGUCAACCAUCGGCCCCCAUGUUACGGGCAUCCUGUGCACCAACUCUGAGUACGGCCGCCGGGACAUGAGCCCCCACGUGCAUGCCAUCUUGCAGGCGAAGCAUUCCGCGCUGAAGGAUCAGGAGGACGCGGGGCUGGUGGCAUUCUUCCCAGUCAUGUCCAGCGACUGCAAUACAUGGGACGCCGUCACCGCUGUAAGCCGCAUCCAGCCCAGCAUCCGGCCCACCUCCAAAGCCAAGAUCCAGGAAGCCAAGGCGCUCUUCCAGAAAUAUGUGGAGGGCAACCUGCUUGUGGACGCACUGGAGGCAGAGCGCGAGUUUGUCAUGACCCCCAAGAUGUUCAUGCACAACAUCAACCGCAUCUGCCUCUCCAACCGUCAACGGGUGGUGCUGCCGGAGUCGGAUGACUCGCGCGUGCUGGCGGCCGCAGAGGAGCUGACUCACCGGGGCCUCGCUGACAUCAUCCUCCUGGGCGAGCCCGACAAGGUCACUGCGCAGGCGCGGCGCCUCGACAUCGACAUCUCACAGUGCGAGAUCAUAGACCCGGAGAAGUCUGGGCGGCUGGAGGCGUACAUUGAGAAGCUGGUGGAGGUACGCCGCAAGAAGAACGUGACGCCCGACAUGGCGCGCGACUUCCUGCAUGACCCCAACUACUUCGGCACGAUGAUGACGUUGUGUGGGGAUGCGGACGGGAUGGUGAGCGGUGCCAAGCACACGACGGCGGCAACGAUCCGGCCGGGGCUGCAGGUUCUGCGCACCAAGGAUAGCCCCCUCGUCUCCUCCGUCUUCUUCAUGUGCCUCCCAGACAAGGUGCUGAUAUAUGGUGAUUGCGCGGUGAACGUGCACCCCAGUUCCAACGAGCUGGCGCAGAUCGCGGUCACUUCCGCCGACACAGCCGCCGCCUUUGGAGUGGAGCCACGAGUCGCACUUCUCUCCUACUCCACCUUUGGGUCAGGCUCCGGGCCUGAAGUGGACCGGGUGGCGGAGGCUGUGAGGAUUGCGAAGGAGAUGCGGCCGGACCUGAAGCUGGAGGGCCCCAUCCAGUACGAUGCAGCAGUUGACCCGGCAGUCGCGCGCCAGAAAGUCAAGGGGCACAGCGAGGUGGCCGGCAAGGCCACCGUGCUCAUCUUCCCCUCCCUGGAAGCCGGCAACAACACCUACAAGGCGGUGCAGCAGAGCACGGGGGCCAUCGCGAUAGGCCCAAUAUUGCAGGGCCUGUCGCGGCCGGUCAACGACCUGUCCCGCGGCUGCACAGUGGUUGACAUCAUCAACACAGUCACCUGCACCUGCGUGCAAGCUGUCGCCAUCAAGGACCGGGAAAAGUCCCCUGCGCCCGAAGCCGCGCCUGCCGCCUGAUAAGCUCCGUCCUGGUCAUUUGAAUAGAGUGCUCACCGACAAGUGAAUUCCAGCGUAUUUCCCAGAUUCUGUGUGGGAUCUGGCCUUCUGCAACAGAUGAAGUUGUCUCCAGUUCCGGGAGGUGGUUCUUUGGGUAUUCAGUAAAUGUUGACAAUUUGUCGGGGCCGCUGUUUCAUAUUUUGUUUGUGUGUUGCUGCUGCAGAGGUAGCACCUGCUCAUCUUGAGAUCUUCUAGGAAUCUGAUCUAUUACAGUCCCGUAGGUGUAGAUCUAUAGAUGAAGGCUCAUCCAAUCCCAUGUGUAUUGUCCUCUUGUGGUAAGUGUAUGCAUGCAUGCGUAGCUCCGGAGGCUCCCAGACAGUGGUAACAUGUUGCUCACUGUCAGGGUAAUGUCGCAAAGCAGGAUAUGAUGCUGGUGCCGCGUAAAAUUUUUAUGGGCGCUGGCUGAAAAGUGGAUGGUCAUGCCUUGCAUGCGUGUUUGUCAGACCUAGAUAUUGAAUGGAGUGGAUGGGCUCGAUCCACUCCAUCAAACCCAGGAGGGAAUGAAUGGAGUCCAACUCAUAGAGCACCGCAGACCAGCGUGUAAUAAUUAAAGCAAUUGC